GCAGGGCUGGGCGAGAGGGGGCGUGCGCGUGCGCAGGCGACGCGCCGAGGGACUAGGCAGAGCUGUGGAACCGCCGCCAGGUCGCUGUCGGUCCACGCCGCCCGUCGCGCUGCCCGCCCGCUCAGCGUCCGCCGCCGCCAUGGGAGUGCAGGUGGAAACCAUCUCCCCAGGAGACGGGCGCACCUUCCCGAAGCGCGGCCAGACCUGCGUGGUGCACUAUACCGUGGCCUUUUUCACAGGGAUGCUUGAAGAUGGAAAGAAAUUUGAUUCCUCCCGGGACAGAAACAAGCCCUUUAAGUUUAUGCUAGGCAAGCAGGAGGUGAUCCGAGGCUGGGAAGAAGGGGUUGCCCAGAUGAGUGUGGGUCAGAGAGCCAAACUGACUAUAUCUCCAGAUUAUGCCUAUGGUGCCACUGGGCACCCAGGCAUCAUCCCACCACAUGCCACUCUCGUCUUCGAUGUGGAGCUUCUAAAACUGGAAUGACAGGAAUGGCCUCCUCCCUUAGCUCCCUGUUCUUGGGUAAGGAAAUGGAAUGCUGAAGGGCCCUUCACUGCCUUUGCUCCUCCCAUAUUAUGCCCAGCGUUUGAUGGGUAGCAAAGAGAACAAAAAAACACCACAAGGCUAUUUUUCCCCCUGCAUUCUUUCUGUAUUGAGUAUCCUUUCAGUGUUAUUAGUAUAUGCUUUGAGUGUAAAAAUUGGUCACCCUAAGGAAAGGAAUUGGCAUGUGUAUGUUCCCAGUUGAACUCAUGGAGAUGGCAGCUGUUUAAAUGUUUUUCUAUGUAGUUUAUAAAUUAAAACUGAAUUGAGGACUAUGGAAAUGUAGGCCAAAUUUGUAGUGCCAACAUUUUAGUUCUUUGGAAAUAAGACUCUUAAUGAAUGACUUUGUUCUACCCUGUGUUUCUAGAAGCUAGAGGGAAAAAAAAAAAAAAAAGCCCUCUGGGCAUGAAUAUCAUGUCCUAGCUUCUGUGGCUCUCUCCUCACUGCGGUUUGUGGUUACUACCUGUUAGAUGGUGUGAGGGAGGCAUUAUUGCAUCGGUCCACCUGCUCAGGGUCCACACCCAGGACACUUGAGGCCCCCAGGCCAGCUCGUUAUCAGUGAGUGAAGUGGAAAAAUGAAGCCAGAGGAUGCUUGUGAAGUUGAAAGGAUGCUCUUAGACAGUUCUAGGAAGGGAUCUUAGGGACCUCUGCGUCAGCUUUAUUGUGCAACAGUAAGGAAACAGGGCCAGAGAGAAAGGCCUUACUCAAGGUCACAUCCAGGCAAUGGCAAAGUAGGCCCAGAGCCUGUUUGUUGAUUUUCCCCUCUUCCACCCUCAUUUCUUAGGAACUAAACUCAGUAUCCUAGUAGCACAUAGCUUUUCAUGUAAGUGUUAGAAUCAUUAAGCACAUGAAUGCUAUUGGCUUCCUUCCAACUGGCCCCAGACCUUUUUAUUUGCUCCCCUCCUGCCAUAGGAAGCAGAGGGCCACAGCCAACGCCUGGGUGGGGACACUGUUGUUUGAAAGCCACAACAAAUGGCUGCCAUCCUAUUUGUGAUGGUAGUCAGAGCUACUUGUAACCUUGUCCUGUUGUGCACAUCUCUAAGUGGAGGGGCUUUUUUAACUGUCUCAGUUUGAACCACACACACCUUGGUAAUACAGGCCUGGUUAAGUUUGAUAACUGGUUUCUUCACCGUCAUUGCUACUGGGAGGGAAUCCCUGGCACUUUACAGAGCCUUUGUCUGCCCAGCGGUCUGCACCUAGGCCAAAAUCCCCUUCCUGUUCUUUGAGAGCUGAGUCAUUUUUUGAACGUAACUGUACUCGAGGGAGCCUUGGAAUUAUUUUCCUGGUUGGGAACAGGCUUUCUGUAAACUUGAUGAGGUAGAGGGAGGGGAGAGAGGGAUAAAGGCUACAAGUCACCCAGAGUAACCCUCCCAACCCACUGCCAAAGAAUGUCUCAGCUUCUUGCAAGAGUCUGGAAGGAAAGUCCAAGGGCAAACCCAGAAAGUUUUGAGUGAAUGAAUACUGGAGAUAUUUUCCCAGUAUACUCAACAUUAUGAAUGACCAGUUUAUUCUCAGUCUGGACUGCACAUUAGAGUCACCUGGGAAAUUUUUAAGGCUUUCCUGAUGCCCAGUUAAUCAUAAUCACUGGGAGUGGAACCCAGGCAUUGAGAGUUUUUUAAAGCCCCCAGGUGAUGCCUAUAUGUAGCAGUUGGAGACCCAAUGAUAGUGGGGAACUGUAUUGUCAGCAACAUGGGUGGAUGGUCCUCCUGCUGUCCUCAGCAAGGCAAACUUAACCUUAGAUUAAAAACAAAACACACAGAUCAAUUUAAGGAGAAAGUUUGUUUCACCUGGGACCCAGCCCAAGCCCUUCUGGCUGUCUCCUGCUGGAACAGAAGUGGCUUGGUCUCAGACUGCUCAGCUGUUGGGGAAGGGAUUCCGCGUGGCAGAUGGCAUUGUGGCUGUCACCACUGCACACAAAGAACACUGAGUUGCUGGAAACUUACAGAUUUUCUGUCCCCAACAGAUCUGCCAUGGAGGGAUCUGGUGCCUCCAGACGUGUGCACAUGAAUCCAUAUGGAGCUUUUCCUGAUGUUCCACUCCACUUUGUAUAGACAUCUGCCCUGACUGAAUGUGUUGUCACUCAGCUUUGCUUCCGACACCUCUGUUUCCUCUUCCCCUUUCUCCUCGUAUGUGUGUUUACCUAAACUACAUGCCAUAAACCUCAAGUUAUUCAUUUUAUUUUGUUUUCAUUUUGGGGUGAAGAUUCAGUUUCAGUCUUUUGGGUAUAGGUUUCCAAUUAAGUACAUGGUCAAGUAUUAACAGCACAAGUUAUAGGUUAACGUUAGAAUAGGAAUUGGUGUUGGGGGGGGGGUUGCAAGAAUAUUUUAUUUUAAUUUUUUGGAUGAAAUUUUUAUCUAUUAUAUAUUAAACAUUCUUGCUGCUGCGCUGCAAAGCCAUAGCAGAUUUGAGGCGCUGUUGAGGACUGAAUUAUUCUCCAAGUUGAGAGAUGUCCUUGGGUUAAAUUAAAAGCCCUACCUAAAACUGAGGUGAGGAUGGGGGGAGAGCCUUUGCCUCCACCAUUCCCACCCACCCUCCCCUUAAACCCUCUGCCUUUGAAAGCAGAUCAUGUUCACUGCAAUGUUGGACACUACAGGUAUCUGUCCCUGGGCCAGCAGGGACCUCUGAAGCCUUCUUUGUGGCCUGACUUAUUAUUAUUUUUUUUCAUCCUGUGGUUUUUCUAAUGGACUUUCAGGAAUUUUGUAAUCUCCUAACUUUCCAAGCUCCACCACUUCCUAAAUCUUAAGAACUUUAAUUGACAGUUUCAAUUGAAGGUGCUGUUUGUAGACUUAACACCCAGUGAAAGCCCAGCCAUCAUGACAAAUCCUUGAAUGUUCUCUUAAGAAAAUGAUGCUGGUCAUCGCAGCUUCAGCAUCUCCUGUUACUUGAUGCUUGGCUCCCUCUGCUGAUCUCAGAGUUACCUGGCUCUUCCUCCCUUAGCCCCUUCUCACCCCUUUGCUGUCCUGUGUAGUGAUCUGGUGAGAGAAAUCGUUGCUGCACCCUUCCCCCAGCACCAUUUAUGAGUCUCAAGUUUUAUUAUUGCAAUAAAAGUGCUUUAUGCCGGCUUUUCUCA